GUGAAGAAAAAAAACAUAGUUGCGAAAAAAAAGAAUGUAAAGAGAAGCAAAAAAACUGGCAAAAGUCUACGAAAGAAUCAAAAAAUAAAGAAAGGGAGGAAUCGGCCAAGAAGUUUCAAGAACAAAACAAAAACUAUAAAAAGUUAGAAAAGGAAAUUAACGAUAUAGUUGCUGAUAAAAAUAUUAGUUCAGAACAGGCUAAAAGUCUAAAAAACCUUUUAACUCAAAAGAAACAGGAAAUAAACCAAGCACGAAAAAAAUACGAUAAAGAAGAAAAAA